GAGUCGCCUCGAACAUACCUAAUUGGCGAUAGGAAUAAGAAAGAUACUGUGCGCUUUAUAUAUAUAUUUGUGCGCGUAACGGUGCGUCUCCGUGCGUCUCUCCGUCAGUAGCCAAUGUACAUCCAUCUGGUCGCACUGCAUCAGCUGCCACGACAGGGCUUGUGUGGACGUCACAGAUUUUUUUUCCCUCUUUCCUCACCUUCCCCUUCUUUUUUUUUGUUCCAGCAGAGCAUCUCUCUCCUUCUGCUCUCCCUGUUUCUACACCGCCCACUCCUCCCCAGCCAUUGAUCCGACCACUCACCUCCGCCUCGCCGGCUUCCUAGCCUCAUUACAUCGCCCGCUGCGCUUAUCUGCAUUUUUUUAGGGAGGACAAACCGCACAUUUUGGACCAAAAAAGAAAAAAAGAGAAAAAAUCCCCCCAUCACCAUGGCGAGCACCGAGGAUAAACCGGCCAACAAGGAGAACGUGUCCAGCUGGAAGGACUCCAUCUACAACCCGAGGACCGGGGAGCUGCUGGGUCGUACGGCCAGCAGCUGGGCCCUCAUCCUGUUGUUCUAUUUGGUUUUCUACUGUUUCUUGGCUGGCAUGUUCGCUCUGACCAUGUGGGUGAUGCUGCUCACUCUGGACGACUAUGUGCCGAGGUACAAAGACCGCGUCCCAUGUCCAGGUUUGGUGAUUCGCCCGAAUACGCUGGACAUCGCGUUCAACAAAUCUGACCCGCUGAAGUACGAGCAGUACGUCCAGCACCUCGAGUCCUUCCUCCAAAGGUAUAACGACUCAGUGCAAGAGAAUAACAUGGAUUGCACUCCAGGGGACUAUUAUCUGCAGGACGACACCACCGACAUGUCAAAGAAAGCUUGUCGCUUCAAGCGCGUGUCUCUGAGUCUCUGCUCUGGCCUCUCUGACACCAACUUUGGAUAUCAUGAAGGAAAACCCUGCGUGCUGCUGAAAAUGAACAGGAUCAUUGGUCUGAAGCCACUCGGGGAUCCGUACAUCAACUGCACAGUAAAAAAAGACAAUCCAGUUCAAAUGCGCUAUUUCCCCAGUGAGGGGCGCAUUGAUAAGAUGUAUUUCCCCUACUACGGCAAGAAAGCCCAUAAGGAUUACUUGCAGCCCCUUGUGGCUGUGCAGCUGCUGCUCACCAAGGAGGACUACAACAAGGAGCUUACCGUGGAGUGCAGGGUAGAGGGCUCCAACCUCCGCAACAACGACGAGAGGGAUAAGUUCCUGGGCCGUGUCACCUUCAGGAUCAAGGUAACGGAGUAGGAGCCGGGACGACGGCCGCCCCCCACCGCGAAGGAAACCCGCUGACGCUGCCCACGUACGCCGAGGAUUUGUGUUUGAAAAUCUCAAAUAAAAAGGAAGGAAGUGUCAGAAAUGUCAGUGUCGGGCGGCAUUGUGGGAUGGGAGUGUGAUGCAUUUAUUAAGUGUGAAGCACUGCCACGUCUAAUCUUUUCUUUGACGACGUUUCUGACCCUUCUUUCCUCCAUGAUUCAUGCUGACCUCCUUAAAGGCCCCCAGAACAAAACGCAGGCUCUGCUCCUGAACCCAUCCGUCCGCCCCAACCACCCACCCCUGUUGCACUGUUCAUUCCGUUACAUAUUUUUUGUUUAUUUUUUUAAUUAUUUUCUUUUCAGUAUUUGAUGUGAUUAGCUAGCCAUUGCAACCAAGCCAUGUGGAGCUGUUGUGUAACUGAUGAUACAAGUUUUCUAUGUUUUUUUAGAUCCUCCCGCUGUCAGGGAGAGAGUGCUGUUUUCAUCUCUUAUUAAGCGAAUGAAGGAUGUAUGAAGGACAGUAUUGUCAUGGCGUGGAGAGGAUUUUUAAUCUCGCUGUAUAGUACAAUUGAGAACGUAGAACAUUUCUGACACAUCUCCAGAGUAUUCAUUACAUAUCACAAAGACUUCAUAGGAAAGUACCUUGAUAAUCAAGUAUAGCCACUACUAUCCCUGUAUAUGAAAUGCCAAUUACAAAGUCCCUUUCUACUAUAAAUACAUUGUGAUCCUUACCAUAUUUAGGGAAUUAUAGAUAGAUCUUCGUGUUGUGGUCCGCGUGGCCACAACCCAGUCUUGUGCUGUCUGUCCGUCUGUCUGCAUGUCCGUCUGUCUGUCUGCCCGUCUUCCUGUUUACUCACCUCUCCACUGCAAUAGCCAACAACAUGUGGGUGAGCCCUCCAGGACUAGAUAAGUCGUCUCGCUCCAGCUCGCGGGGUGCUGCGAACUGAUGGUGGCUGAGACGACACACAAAACGAGAAAGUAUAAUGUAAAAAAAAAAUAAAAUAAAAAUAAUUUUAAAAAAAAUAUUGCUCUUAUGGCGGAGAGGCGCUGGGAAAGCGUCAGGAAAAAUUCAAAAAUAAUUUAAAAAAACAAAAACAAAAAACAAGUUCACUGUAACUAUGUACUGUAUAUCUUUACGUGAUCUGUAUAUCUAUCUGGGUCUCAAAGAUUGUUUGUUAGUUUUCUCUCUUCUUCAGCCUGUUGAUCUGAUUGUCUGCCAAUCUAUUACUCUUCAAUGUAUAUAUAUAUACACUAUCUACCAUAUUUACUUAAUUCACACUGUAUUUUUGUCACAAAACACAAUGUCUGUGCACUGUAAAGAAAUAAUUUAAGCAAAGAUUUACAGGAAAUUAUCUUAUUCAAAGCUAUGUUUACACAGUCUUAAAAGGAACCCAUAUUUGAAAGAACAACUUGUAACAUCUCUUCAGGGUGCCUUAAGACCUGAUGAAAUAAAUUGUGGAAUAAAAGUGAUUUUGAAGAGAAAAA